UCCCGGCGCGGCGCGCGGCGCGGCGGAGUCGUCUCCCGGACCGUUGCCGGGGCCGUUGCCGGGCUCCGAGAGCCGUCCCUGCGGCGUUUCUUUGCUCCCUCUCUUCCAUUCCCCCGGCGCUGAGCGGGAGGCUGAGGAGACAGGCGCUAUGGCUCGGAACACGCAGUCCUCGCGCUUCCGCAAGGUGGACAUCGACGAGUUCGACGAGAACAAAUUCGUCGACGAGCAGGAGGAGGCUGCGGCGGCGGCGGCGGCGGAGCCGGGCCCGGACUCGGACCCGGACCCGGGGGAGGUGGACAGCCUUCUGCGGCAAGGUGAUAUGCUCAGAGCAUUUCAUGCAGCUUUACGAAACUCCCCUGUCAAUGCGAAGAAUCAAGCAGUAAAGGAACGGGCCCAAGGAGUGGUACUGAAAGUGCUCACGAACUUUAAAAGCAGUGAGAUAGAGCAGGCUGUACAAUCAUUAGACAGAAAUGGCAUUGACUUGUUAAUGAAGUACAUUUAUAAAGGAUUUGAAAAGCCCACAGAGAAUAGCAGCGCCGUGUUACUUCAGUGGCAUGAGAAGGCAUUAGCAGUAGGUGGUCUAGGUUCCAUAAUAAGAGUUCUCACAGCAAGAAAAACUGUUUAAAAAAAAAGACUUUUAACUUGCACUGAGAAGACCAGAAGAGUUUGGGGGACCCAGAACAAGGAAGAAGGAAUAAUGGAGAUGACACUGGCCCAUCUUCCCCAAAACUACAGUGAAUAUAUCAGACCAUUCAUUUGUUGAAAAUGCUUUUUAUUUUUGAGGUGGAGGGGGGGGAAAUCCAAUGUUCUGCUGCUGCCUUUUCUGAAUUCUGCACUUGAGCUGACAUUCUCCUUCACCUAGGAGUAACAGAAUUGCCACCACUGAAAUUGGAUAUUGGAGAGAGGCGGCUUCAUUCUGCUGGUGGGUGCUCCUGGGUACUGCUGAUGUAGAAUGUUGGGAUGCCUUUGGCAGGUGUAGAAUUUUUGCUGCUUGGAAAGGGAGUGCUUGUUUGGUGUUAUAUUUUCAAAGAAUCUAAGGGUUUGUACAGAAAUAGUCUUCCUUAGAGGAGGGAGGCAGACUCUGGGGCUGAUUUUUAUUGUAAAGUGCCUGCUGGAUCAAUAAAGCUCUUCACUCAUUAGUAUAUUAA